GGUGAACCCCGGAGUCAGACUGGUAGGAUUCUGAUGACUUUACCGUUCAGGACCUCAGGAGGAUUCAUUAAUUAUCGGUGAAAUUAUUUUGUUAGGCAACAUUUUUUUAAACAUUUGAGUGAUUCGACAUGACUUGUGUCUCCAGAGACGACUGAGUUGAUUAAAAUAUCGGUUUAUGAUUCGAAAAAGAUGACAGUAUUGCGGUUGGAAGGCUAGCAAUGGAUUUGAUUUGAAAAUGAUCAGGGCGCCAAUAAGGUUCAACUGAAGUUCAGUCGCAGACAAGAGCAAACGUAAACAAAACUUUCAGCCGGAAGAAACCAAAGCUUGACAUGGUUGAUGAUUUGAGGCGACAGCCGUAAAAUUUGCGCUCUGUAUGAUAAUUUUCUAACUUUUGUAUUGUGAAUAAUGGUCGAUCCCUGUGGAAGAAUUUGAAAGUGCUUUAGCAGGUUUCGUACAGAGAUCCAGAAGAAGUCGACAUGUUGCUGGAGGUGUGUCUGCUGUGGACGCUCUGUACGGGGGUCACCAUUGCGGCCACAAAUGACCAGCCGGAGGCCGAACGUCCGAAAUUCGAUGUGUCGAACAUGUACCCUGUGGUUGCCGGUCCGCCUGGUACAUCCGGGAUACCUGGGAUACCAGGGAACCCUGGGAUGCCUGGGAGGGACGGGGUUAAAGGUGAUAAGGGAGACCCGGGGACCUGUGACUGUGCCGGCCGAGGUCGCAACAUCAAGCAGUGCUCCUGGAAGGAGCUAAACAACGGGGUAGAUUCUGGUAGAAUUGCGGGAUGUACCUUUAACAAAAACCGAGACGACUCCACGCUCAUGGUUUUGUUUAACGGCGCCAUGCGGGUGAAGUCAGGAGCUGCAGCCUGCAAACGAUGGUUCUUCACCUUCAACGGCGCGGAGUGCGCCGACCCGAUGACCAUAGAGGCCAUGGUGUACAUGGAUACCGAACUGUCCAUCAACAUUCACAGGGCGGGCACUGUCCAGGGUCUGUGUGCCGGCAUCCAGCGGGGAGUAGUGGACGUGGCUCUGUGGGUGGAGGACUGCGAGGGGUACUCCAACGGCGACUCCGCCACCGGCUGGAACUCAGUCUCCCGUCUUAUCAUCGAGGAGAUAGAAACCAGCUUCAACCCGUGAUCAAUCGAUUUAAAGGAAACAUAUAUAUACCCACGGGUUAAGUACAGGUCGCAACAGAAGAACAGUUGACAGAUACAUGAAAUACAUGAAACAUAUAAAAUGUCAACCAAUACAAGAGUCAUAUCCUACUUAGUGAAUUUGACUCCUUCUCGCUACUUUGUGAUACUGAAAAUGUAGGAACAGAUAUGUUUUAUAAUGAAAGGUUUGUCUAAGUCCAUUAGGACUAUGAAUUUGUCUGUGUUACUGGCUAGGUACACAUAGGGAAACAUAGGUUCUGUAAGUCUAUAAAGUUCAGCUCUCUCUUUGUUGUAUAAUUUACAUUCUACUACAAUAUGCUUUUCAUUUUCUAUUCUAUCUGGAUUACAAUUUCGACAUAUUCGUUGUUCCAGAGCUUUACCAAUGGUUUGAAAUAUCCGUGACAAAUAAAUCACGAUCAUUCCCCUUUUCUCUUUCGGCUUUUUGAGUGCCGACGCCAAAAUUAAUCUACAAACUGUGUUGCUGUGUUUCCCGGCCUCGAGAUGGAUAAAUACGAAAAAUGCUUCAGGUUGUUGCAUUUGUUUAUCGAAUGAAGGAAGAAUUCAUCUUUUCGUACCCGAAAUUCUCCCAAUAACAUUUUCAUUCAUUUCAAUUCAAAUUCUUGGGUCUAAACCGACAAAUUAUAUUUCAUGUUUUUACGAUGAUUUCCAGCAAGGAGCUUGGUACUUGUUGAUUAAAUGUGUCACCAGUGUUUUC